UGUCUGUUUUUAUUAUUUAUUAAUAAAUCUAUUACCAAAUACAAAUAUGAACAAAGACUCUUAAAAUAUUUUCAUCCAACAAUACUGGAUGACAGAAUAAAUAAAAUGAAAGGAAGAAAAUAAAAUGUGAAAUAGCCCUAAAAACUCUUACUUCUCUGUUGUUAAUUAUUUUUAGUGUCAUAAUUAAUUAGUUAUUUUUUUUUUUAAUUAAAAGCUUGCAGUAGUUGUAGCGGCAGGUGACGCCCCGUGACGUUUAGACUUCACGUCUUCUGAUUGGUUUAAACACUGAGGAGAUUUAAGUACAUACAGUACCUGCGACUGACUGUGUUUAUCUUUUAACAUUUUAAACGGGUGAUGUCGAAUACGUAAUUUCGUGAUAUCGAAAUGUUUAACAAAACUCAAAAGCAUACAGAGGUAUAUGUAUGUUAAAGCUGGAGGAUUUUUAAAAUUUGAAUCUCAUGACGACGGGGUGUUCAGUUCAGUUUAUCAGAAGAUAGAUCAGAUCCAGAGUUCAGCUGUGCGUCUAUGAAGAGUGACCGGUCUAGGGAGCCGCCAAUGACAUUUAAGGGUGAAGAUACAUACCCUGCUCUCAGCAACAAGUCUAAUCUUCCUGAAGUUCAAAUCACAUUCAGAUCAAAUCUGAGGAAGAAAUUUGAGUAUUUGUAUGAGGUAACUUCAAAUGAGAUAAACCCAACACUACUGAAUGAGAUCUACACAGAGCUCUACAUCACAGAGAGUGAAAGUGGAGAGAUCAGUAAUGAACAUGAGGUGAGACAGAUUGAGACACAAUCCAGAAGAACAACAACAGAGGAGACACCAAUCAAAUGUAAUGACAUCUUUAAACCUUUACCUGAACAACACAAACACAUCAGAAGUGUGCUGACAAAGGGAGUCGCUGGCAUUGGAAAAACAGUCUCUGUACAGAAGUUCAUUCUGGACUGGGCUGAAGAGAAAGAGAAUCAGGACGUCCACCUCAUAUUUCCACUUCCUUUCAGAGAGAUCAAUUUGAUGAAGGACAAAACACUCAGUCUUUUAGAUCUUCUUCAUCUUUUCUUCCCAGAAACAAAAGAAAUGGAAAUCUUCAGUGAUAAUUAUAAAGUGUUGUUCAUCUUUGAUGGUUUGGAUGAGUGUCGUCUGUCUCUGGAUUUUCACAGCAGUGUGAGGUUGUGUGAUGUAAAUAAAUCAACCUCAGUGGACGUGAUGCUGACAAACCUCAUCAAGGGGAAUCUGUUUCCCUCUGCUCUCAUCUGGAUCACCUCCAGACCAGCAGCAGCUGAUCUCAUCCCCUCUGAGUGUGUUGAUCGAGUCACAGAGGUACGAGGCUUCAGUGAUCCACAGAAGGAGGAAUACAUCAGGAAGAGAAUCAGUGAUGAGAGUCGGUCUGAUCAAAUCAUCUCACACCUGAAGUCAUCCAGGAGUCUCUACAUCAUGUGUCACAUCCCAGUGUUCUGCUGGAUUUCAGUCACUGUUCUAGAAAAAAUGUUGAGUGAAUCAAAGAAAAGAGAGAUCCCCAAGACUCUCACUCAAAUGUACACGCACUUCCUGAUCAUUCAGACAAACAUCAAACAUCAGAAGGGCAAUGAGAAGAAGGAUGAAGACAUGAUCUUUAAACUGGGUAAACUGGCUUUUAAGCAUCUUGUGAAAGGCAAUCUGAUCUUCUAUGAUGAAGACCUGAGAGAGUGUGGCAUUGAUGUAACAGAAGCAUCAGUGUACUCAGGAUUGUGUACUCAGAUCUUCAGAGAGAAGUUUGGUUUGUAUCAGGGGAAAGUUUACUGCUUUGUUCAUCUCAGCAUCCAGGAAUAUCUAGCAGCUCUUUAUGCUCACAUCUCCUUCACAAACAACAACAUAAAUGUGUUUAAACCAGAUUGGUUUUUUAAAAUUGUGAGCAUUGUGAAAUAUAAAUCAUCAAAACAGAUUUUACUAUUUAAGUUACAUCAGCGAGCUGUAGCUGAAUCUUUACAGAGUAAGAAUGGACAUCUGGAUCUUUUCCUGCGUUUUCUUCUGGGUUUUUCACUGGAGUCCAAUCAGAUUCUCUUACACGAUCUACUGACACAGAUGAGAAGAUGCUCCUAUAAGAAAGAGGAAACUGUGAAGUACAUUAAAGAGAAGAUGAAUGAGAAUCUGUCUACAGAGAAAUCCAUUAAUCUGAUUCACUGUCUGAAUGAACUGGGUGAUGAUUCACUGCUGCAGAAGAUUCAACGUUAUGUUAAAUCUGCAUCAGCAAGAAAGACCAAACUCUCCUCUUCACAGUGGGCAGCUUUAGUUUUUGUGUUGUUGAUGUCUGAGCAGCAUGUGGAUGAACUUGAUCUACAUAAAUUUAUUGGAGCUGAAAAUACAGCAGAUGAAGUUCUUGUGAAACUGCAGCCGGUGAUUAAAGAAACCAAAAAACUAAAGUUGAAGUGUUGUGAUAUCACAGAUGAAGGUUGUGUUGCUCUGACUUCAGCUCUGAGAUCAAACCCAUCACACCUGACACAACUAGAUCUGAGCUGGAAUAAUCUAAGAGAUUCAGGAGUGAAGCUGAUCUCUGACGUACUGAAGAAUCCUCAAUGUAAACUGGAGAUACUAAUGUUGUGUGAUUGUAAGAUCACAGAUGAAGGUUGUGUUUCACUGACUUCAGCUCUGAGAUCAAACCCAUCACACCUGAGAGAACUGGAUCUGUCUGAUAAUAAACUAAGAGAUUCAGGAGUGAAACUGAUCUCUGAUGUACUGAAGAAUCCUGAGUGUAAACUGGAGACACUGGUGUUGUGUGGUUGUAAUAUCAAAUAUGAAGGUUGUGUUGCUCUAACUUCAGCUCUGACAUCAAACCCAACACAUCUAAGAGAUCUGGAUCUGUCUGGGAAUAAAUUUGGAGAUUCAGGAGUGAAGCUGAUCUCUGAUCUACUGAAUAAUCCUGACUGUAAACUGAAUAUACUGGAGUUGUAUGAAUGUAAUAUCACAAAUGAAGGUUGUGUUGCUCUGACUUCAGCUCUGAGAUCAAACCCAUCACACCUGACACAUCUUAAUCUGUCUGGGAAUAAUCUUGGGGAUUCAGAAGUGAAGCUGAUCUCUGAUGUAUUGAAGAAUCCUUACUGUAAAUUGGAGAAACUGGAGUUUAGGAGGUGUGAUAUCACAGAUGAAGGUUGUGUUGCUUUGAUUUCAGCUCUAAGAUCAAACCCAUCACACCUGAGAAAACUGGAUCUGUCUCUGAAUAAUCUCACUGAUUCAGGAUUGAAGCUGUUCUCUGAACUAAAAGCUGAUGCACAUUAUAAACUAGAGACAGUAUGGCCUUGACAGUAAAGAUGUCUGUCUGAUCUUGAGUAUCAUUUGAUGGUGAAUAAGAAGACACAAUAGUGACAUCACAGACACAAAAUCAACACAGACUGAAAACACAAUAAAACCUCACACUGACUUUACUCCUUUAGUGGAACAAAAAGGAGACAUUUAGAUUUCAGUUUAAGCAUUCUUAAUGCUGACGUGCUUUGUUUUUAUAUAGUGAAGAUGAACACACUGAUGCUAAAGCGAUACAUUAAGGAUUUUUAGGUAAAUAUUAACUUGUAAUGUGAAUUGAUUACUAUACUUAAUAUAUUUAUUGUAACUUUAUUUUUACUGGGGGAGUGAUGGAGAUACAGUAAAUCAGUUAAAGGUGCUCUAAGCGAAUUGAAGCGUUUUAGACCAUAAAACAUUUUUUGUUACAUACCGGAAACAUCUCCUCACUAUCUGCUUGCUGCCUGUCCGCUGAUCAAACUGUAAAAAAACGCGAUCUCUGUAGACAGCCCAGGCUUCACAAACGGCAAUAUCAACAAAUGGCCAAACCUAGCAGCACAAAACAAAACAAAGUAUUCCAGCCAAUAAACGACAAGAAGGAUUUGGGGGUGGGGGUUGGGCGCGUUCAUGAAAGCACGGAAGGGAGGGGGAGGAGGAGGAGUUAGCUACGCUCUGUCUGUUUGAAAACAGUUCAAACAUCAACAGGAAGUGACGUCGCACAUUAUUCGCUUAGAGCGCCUUUAAUGCACAUGUCUCAAAAGGGUUUAUUAUAAAAGCGACUUGUUCACAAAAUACUCGCAAGACACUAACUUAACACUAAACUCUGAUUACACAUGAGAUUAAGCAAGUAUCUGGCAAAUGCAAGCAUCUCUUUUUAUCAUAAACCCCUUUGAAAUGUCUGCAGCAGACAUGUAUUUUGACAUGACACAUGAUGCACAUAAGUUUACAUGACGCGCCCAACACAUGACAUGUUGUGAUGAGCUUUGCAUCGUGCACCUUUAAAAAAUAAGUCACCGGUCGCCACUGCUAAUGCUAUCCCAAGAAAAAAUAAGGCAACCAAUGGCAUGUAACAAAACUUUUUCUAUAUAGGUAUAAACGGAGAGGAUAUUCAUCAUCCAACAAAAUGUUUUAUAAAAUGGUUCAUCACAUGAAAAACAACAUAAAUAAUAAUAUUUGUCACAAACAGCAGAAUUUUAUGUAACCUCAAAGGGUUUUCUGUAAAAUUACAUAAAGAUAUUGCAUUUAUCACUGUAUGUGGUUCUAUUAUCAUCACAUAUCCAACAAUCGUCAAAUGAAUAAUAAUGUUAAAUAAAUGGUCUUUUGUAAAUUUAUGUGAAACUUGAGCGUGAGCUGCCUCAGAUAGCCACAAAUGCUACACCUUUUAUCUUAGGCCCUACUCUACAAAAUGAGUACAUUCAUAGCAUUUUCUUUGGUUGUGUGCUUUAAUAAUCCCUUGCUAUUUAUUGUAUGUGCAAAACAAA